AUGGACCGAGCCUCGGCUGCUUCUGAGCGCCAAAGGACGGUGGACAGAGAUACCACAACCGACUGCCUCACGACCCUUGCUGAAUCACGCACCUGGUCUACCACAGCCUCCUAUGACAGUCCGCUAAGGCACCAUACGAGAAGCCAUACUGCUCCUCGUCGAGUAAAAGAAACCCUUAACGCUCGUUCCGAAUACACGAAUAGCCAUGAUGAUGGCACGGCUGAACAUCGCAUCAAUCAGUACCUCAUAAAACAGGAAAUUGGAAGGGGCUCGUUCGGGGCCGUCCAUCUUGCAAUCGAUCAAUAUGGCCAUGAAUACGCCGUCAAAGAAUUUUCUAAAUCACGAUUGCGAAAGCGAGCUCAAUCCCAUAUCUUGCGCAAUCCUCGGGGUGCCAGACGCCCUGGCACCAUCCCCGCCGGUAUGGGGUUGAAUUCUCCGCUUCACCGCCACCCGUCAGGCCACGAAGACGAAGCGAACAGCAACCCCCUAUAUUUUAUUAAGGAGGAGAUUGCAAUCAUGAAAAAGCUAAAUCACCCUAACCUCGUGGCUUUGUAUGAAGUUCUCGACGACCCUACAGAGGACUCGUUAUAUAUGGUCAUGGAGAUGUGUAAAAAGGGUGUCAUCAUGAAGGUCGGCCUGGGAGAAUGCUCAGACCCUUAUCAAAACGAAAGCUGUCGUUGCUGGUUUCGGGACUUGAUCCUGGGAGUGGAGUACCUGCACGCACAGAAUAUCGUUCACCGAGACAUCAAACCAGACAACUGCCUCCUGACUAACGAUGACGUGCUAAAAGUUGUCGAUUUUGGCGUGUCUGAGAUGUUUCAGAAAGAUUCUGACAUGUAUACCGCGAAGUCGGCAGGAUCUCCUGCCUUUCUGCCACCAGAGUUGUGUGUUGCGAAACAUGGGGAUAUAUCCGGCACAGCAGCUGACAUCUGGUCCAUGGGAGUGACGCUGUACUGCCUCCGCUAUGGGCGAAUACCAUUCGAGAAAGAGAGCAUUUUUGAGCUCUACGAGUCAAUCAGGAAUGACGAGGUUAAAUACGAAAAUGAAACAGAUGAGGAUUUCAUAGAUUUGAUGACAAAUAUUCUACAAAAGGAUCCUACGAAAAGGAUCAAGAUGCCUGAGCUCAGAGUUAGAGCAGUACAGAAAUUCAAAAGGCUCAUCGAGCCAGAAAACGCAGCCCCAAUGCAAAGUAUUCUGGGUCAAGAUGUCGAGUCUCACUUCGUUCAACCGCCGCUAUCCAUGGAAGCGUCCGACAUUGAAGUUUCCUCAGUGAAUACAACAGACCCAAAUGCUCUCUCUAGUCCUAGGAUCAUCAAUUCAAAGUCUGGUUCUACAGACUCUGGGCGACAUGUCAUCGAACAGGGAAUUUACAUUCAGCCCACCAUGCAAAAAGGCGGCAGUGCCUCGCGGCUUGCAUGUACGUUUGGGGGAUCAUGCCAACACUGCGCCAGCUCAACUACCAAAUCCCCGUCUUCGCCGCUUCUUCAAACCUCCCGCACCAGCACCCCAAGCAAACAAAGCUUUUCCGAAGGUACACGCGGCCAUGCUCGCGAUCCUCUGGAAGAAGAACAUUCGUUCCUCUUCAUCGGACCAUCAUCAUUCACGGGAGUACUAACAUCAGAAGACGAAGAGAGAUCAUCAAACAAUUUCAACCUUGCAGCUGCACCUCAUGCAGCCACAGAGGCACUAGUGAAGUCCGAAGUAGCCAGUGGUCUUGACGAUGAUGACAGCACUGCCUUCCCAAUCUCUGAAAUGGGUCAGGUGCUCAUUGUAAGUGAAUCGCCCGGCGCCGCAGAUAUUAACAUCUAUGAAACCGCGUAUAUGGAGGAGGUGGAGCGGAUUCGGAAACAAAGCCUUGCGCGUCAGCGUCCGACGCCAAAGGUGUAUCUCACCCGGCGGGUUGAGGGGAAGGAAUCUAGCCUUGGCGGGCUGCUUCGGCAAGCCACACUUGAUAUAACGGAUCAGAAGGGCCCAUCGGAUCUGACCCAGGUUGGCCCAAUGGCGGCAGCUGCAGCUGGGUCUACAACUUUGUCGUCUCAAAUACAAAACCCAGUUGCGGAUGGGAGUGUAGGGUUCGGAGUGACCGCCCCCACUACCGCCACCUCGCCUUCAGAACCAGUGAUACAAAGCUCAGAACAACUAUCCGCCCAAGCAGAAGCAGCCCCGUCACUGUCAUCUAGCACGCGCUCGCCGUCCCACAGAGCGAUGGGAACUGCUGUCGCUGUAACAAGCGCGACCAACGCUACCGCAGCGCCAGUGACUACAUCCGCAACCCAACGGUCGCGAAAUGGUUUGCGAUCACUCCUUGGGAGGGUUAGGAGGGAGAGCACGCAGUUUGGGAAGAAAUAA